AUGAUUGUGAGACGAAAACCGGUGGAUUUUUCAAAAGAAUGUGUUGCUGAAAUUGGAUCAUUUGUACAAGGAUAUGGCCAUACAACCAACAACAGUCAACAGUCAAGAACGAUUGAUGGUAUUUAUCUUGGAGCAAAUGAUAGCAUUCAAGCUGGAUAUGUGUUACUUGAUCGUGAUACAAAAAAGACAGUAACAAGACCCUAUGUAACGCUACUUCCGAUCACCAAACAAGUGAUCAAAAUUGUGGAACAAAUGGCACACGACAAAGGCGUUUGUGAUUUGCAAGCGGAAGAAUUUAUUGAAAACUAUGAUGAUGAACACACCAAAAAUGUUGAAGAACAGGUAGAAGACAGGAGUGUUGCAAGUAUUUAUGAACGAUUGAGACGGAGAAAUGAUGAUGAAGAUUCCGAUCAAGAUCCCAAUCCCAAUGACAAAUAUCAGAAUGAUGAGGAUUUAAAUGAAAAGAUUCAAGAAAUUGAAGAAGACAUUCAAAAGGACAAAGAAGAUGUCGAAUCACUUAACGAUGAAGAACAAAGCGAGGAAACACGCGAAACAUAUGAGGAAAAUGACAUUUUAAUUGAUCGAAUUCAGGAUGAAAUCAAAGAAUGUGAAAAUCAAGUCAAUGGUGUUCGCGAAUUUGUGGCAGAUUUGGAUGAUAAUGAUAAUGAAAAUGAUGAAUCUGACAAUAAUUCGGACAAAUCAAGCGACAAUGAUAAUAAUGAAAAUGAUGAGGUGAAUAAACAGGACAUAUCCAGUCCAAGGAAAACCAGGAGUGGUAAAUCUUAUGUUCAAGAUGGAAUAAAAAUGAGACCAAUACCGGAAUCAAAAGAAAUCGAAGCGCAAUUCGUUAAAGAACAGGAGUGCGAUGAGAAAAAAGGAAAAAAUCAAGAAAUGGAAAGGUUAUUUGAAUGA